AUGAUAAGCCACGCACCUGCCGCGGUCAACACCGUCCGUGGCUUUCAGACUACACCUGCUACCUCUGGCGACGAGGACUCAGACCCUGGACACAACGAGGUCCCUACCCCCCGACGAAAGACCGCCGGACGAACCAUUGUCAACGAUGUUGUGAGCGCCAACUGCAGCCCUAUUAUUCGAGCAUCUUCUCCCGCUGUUUCGGGUAUUGCAAAGCUGCGCUUGCAGAUGGAACCUCUUAGUCUGGACGGAGGAUCUCCUUACUCCAUGAGCCGUUCUACAAGUCAGCAAGGCAUCGCCCUCGAUUUUCGAAAGCAGAUGAUCAGCCGCACACACAGCCGAGAGGAUGUUCGUAGCGAGGCCGGAAGCGAGAUUUCAGACACCUCUAUUAGUUACGAAGUGAACCUCGAGCACGAUUUCGCUGACGAGAGUGUUCGAGAGCGUAAUGGAUAUCUUGGAACCCUUGAAGGUGGCCUUGCGCCGAACCGUAAGAUGACGUCGGAGGACUUCGAACAGCUGCGAUGCCUCGGCAAGGGAACAUACGGCACUGUGCUUCUGGUCAAGCAGCGUGCGACUGGGAGGCUGUACGCUCAAAAGCAGUUCAAGAAGGCCUCCUUGGUGGUCCACAAGAAGCUUAUCGAGCAGACCAAGACUGAGCGACAAAUUCUCGAAUCCGUCAACAGACACCCGUUCGUUGUCAAGCUAUUCUACGCUUUCCAGGACCACGAGCAGCUGUACCUUAUCCUCGAGUACGGACAGGGCGGCGAGCUCUUCACCCACCUUGACACCGAGAAGAUGUUCUCCGAGGAUGUAGCUGCUUUCUACAUGGCGGAAAUGCUUCUGGCUAUUUCGCACUUGCACAACGAUCUUGGUGUGGUGUACCGCGAUCUUAAGCCAGAGAACUGCCUCUUGGACGCUGAAGGCCAUCUUCUCCUGACCGACUUCGGCCUGUCCAAGGUGUCCCUUGACGAGACCGACGCCUGCAACUCGAUGCUGGGAACCGUCGAGUACAUGGCACCUGAAGUUGUGCUGGGGAAGAAAUACGGGAAAGCGGUCGACUGGUGGUCCUUUGGAGCGCUUGGGUACGACCUGAUGACUGGAAACCCGCCUUUCCGUGGCCAGAACCACGCCAAGAUCCAGGACAACAUUGUCAAGCAGAAGUUGGUGCUUCCUUACUUCUUGAGCGCUGAUGCCAAAGAUCUCCUUACCCGACUUCUUCGCAAGGAUCCCAAGAAGCGUCUCGGAGCAGUGAUGCCCAAUGAUCUGGCCACCAUGAAGAAGCACCGGUUCUUCCGCAAGAUUGACUGGAAGAAGCUCGCGGCGCGGGAGCUUGAGCCGCCGAUUCAGCCGAUGAUCACGGAUCCUGAGUUAGCCGAGAACUUCGCCCCCGAGUUUACCGAGCUGGCGAUCAGCCCGGUACUGCCCAACAAGGAUGCCUGGCCCCGAAGCCUCCCUAAGGAUGAGCUCUUUGGUGGAUUCAGUUUUGUGGCGUCUUCAAGCCUGUUGAACGAAGAUCGGUUUGCGGCAUAUGCCCAGACAUAA